AUGAUGGAUCCAGUAAAAGCCAAAGCUAAUUAUUCAAGAGUAUGUCAACUUUUGGUUGACAAAGGAGGCGAAGCGUUAAGAGGUGCUUUACAUGCAAAACAUCCGCCCUCCACUUUAGCUACUGUAUUAAAUGCCAACAAAAGGACAUUAAACAAGAUAAGGUACAGUGUAAUUAAACCAUCACAAUGGGACUUACUCUUUCCAGUUUCGGGCUCGCCAGAUUCAAACAAUUUUGAUAUCACUUUAUUGACCAUCCUACUCAGAAAUAUUUGUGGCUUGACUUCACCAGCAACAGGAUGGAAUGUUAUGCCUUCACCCAGCGACACCUCGGAAUCUGCAAAUAUUGCGAGAAUCAAAAUCUUCAGAAACGAGGUAUAUGGUCAUAUACCAAGCCCUCAAUUAGACGACACCAGGUUUGAAACAUUGUGGCAAGAAAUUUCGAAACCUUUGAUCAAGUUAGGAAUUCCUCAACAAGAUAUUGACGAAUUAAAGGAAGCUACUCUCAGUGCCGAAGAAGAAAGUUACAUUGAAAAAUUAAAAGAAUGGAAAGAACUGGAGGACGAUCUUUUGUCAAAACUAAAGGAUCUUGAAAGGGGAGUCCUUAAUGUGGAAAAUGAAGUUCUCGAGUUACGAAGGAUAGUUGAAAAUGUGGUACCCUCACAAGUCGACCAACUAGCCAAGUUUGACUUCACAGGAAAGAUUGAUGGCCUUUGUAAAAAAUUUCAAGAUGGCACUAGAAAAUGGUUCUUUGAGAAGCUGUCAAGUUGGUUUGAUGAUGAAGAAUCCAGAGUUAUGAUUCUGACUGCAGGUCCUGGCGCUGGAAAGAGUGUUUUGUCUGCAAAGAUUUGUGAGAUGUACAAAGAACGUGGUCAACUUGCAGCUUAUCAUUUUUGCGACUUUAGAAAUGCUGAUUCAAGAAAUCCUCACAGAAUCCUCCAAUCUCUUGCCAGUCAAAUGUGCGAUAACGUUCAUGGAUUUUCUGACAUACUAACUGAAGUUCUUCGUCGUGAACAUUCUCGAGACUCACUAUCAGACGCAUUUCGCGUUCUCUUAAACGAUCCAUUACAUGCCCUCGACAGCCAUAAGCCAAUGCUGAUCGUUGUGGAUGCUUUGGACGAGAGUAAAACUGAAGACAAAAGUGAAUUUUUGGAGUUAAUAUCAGAGAACUUUCGUGAACUGCCAGAAUGGAUUAAGAUAUUCAUUACGAGUAGACCAGAGCUGCAAGUACGGAAGGAACUUCAAUGUUUAAAUCCCGUGGAAAUUCUUCCUGACGACCACCAUCACAAGCGCGACUUAGAGCAUUUCAUUCACCAUUGUUUGCCGAAACUGAAUGAAGGUAAUGUUAAUUUUCUUGUUUCGAAGUGCGAGGGUUCGUUUCUGUACGCCUAUUACUUAGUCGAUGAAUUAAAAAAAAUGGACUUGGGAAUUGAACCCAACCUAAGUGAUUAUGUCCCCAAAGGUAUUUCUGGGUUUUACGAAAAACAGUUCAAACGUUUGAGAACAAUGCUCCAAAGUUUUCACUCAGAUACCUGGUCCCCUAGCUUCAAACGUUUUGUAAACGUUAUUGCUGCUUCAAGGGCGCCCCUUCCAAUAAAGAUUCUUUUUGCAUGCAUCGACCUGUCCGGUGAGGAGUUUGAAAUACGUGAGGCGAUAAUUGGAAUAAUGUCAGAAAUUCUCCCUGUUUACGAAGGUUGCUUGACUGUUUACCAUAAGUCAUUAUGGGAUUGGCUAAAAUUAGACGGGUAUGAGGAGCAUGCUUUUGUAGCAGAUGUUGCAGACGGCAGUGAACGUCUCUGGCGUGCUUGUAAGAGCAUAUAUAGCGAUAUAAAUGGUUUAAGAUCAAUUUCUGAUUUUCAAAUGUCGCCUGAGACAAGGUAUGCGUUGGAGAAUGGUGGGAAAUAUUUGCUGGAUGUUGCUGACACGGAGGAUUUUCACUGGUUGGUGAAUGUUAGGGUAAAUUAUUUGAAACGUAAAUUUUGUGAGGGUCGUAAUGUUCGUAAUGUUGAUUAUUUCCAUAUUCUUGAAACGUAUAAGUCUAAACUUUCUGAUCAUCUCUACUGGAAAUUCGUUCAAUUGCAUGCCUUCUCAAACUCCAUUUAUGUUAUAAAUCCCAUGGAUGAUCAAGUCCUUUACAAAGGAACACAUGACAAGUAUUUAAUGUAUCUUGCAAACGGGCGCAUUGAUUUCGAACUAAUGCAAAAUACCAAUAGUUGUAAAAAUACAGCAAGAGACAUAUUGAAUGAAACAGAUGAGAUUUGGUUUGAGGAAGUGACAAAUGAAACUAAUAAUUCUUCUUUUACUAUUAUGUCUAAAACUGUAGUUCUUGAACCUGAAAACAAUGGUAUUGCAUUAUCACCAAACAAUAAGCUGCUUGCGUGCAGACACCGACAGACAGUGAACGUUUUUGAAUUACCAAGUCUUACAAAGAGUUUUAAACUGGACGUUAGUGAGGUCAUUAAAAGCAAUUCAUCCCUAUUUCUUACAUUUUCCCCAGACUCCUCCUAUUUUUUAUAUAAUUCAAUCAGGUCUUGCGUCUGUAUUAGAGAACAAAAAGAAACGCCAUUCAUCCCACAUGGACCUAAAAGUUGUUAUUUUUCAUUUUCUUCUUGUGGAACGAAACUUGUUACAUUAGAAAACAAGAGAAACAAAAGUGAAUCAAGCAAACCUUUAAUAAAAGUUUGGGAUGUAAAAAAGAAACAUGUGUUAGUAAAAACUAAGUUUGGGUUUUACACGAUCGACAAUCCUCUUUACGGUUUCUUUAGUAACUCUAACUCGUAUAUUCUUGUUUGGGAGCGAGGAGAUUGUCGUAAAAAUUUUCACAUCUUCGAUUCAACAACGUUGAAACGGAUAUAUAUUCAAGGUAUUUGUGUUGACACUUGCUUGGAAGAUGAAGAUGAUUUUCCAGUUGCUUCACCGCCACCUUUGUGCAGUGAUCCUGAUGAGAUUAGUAGUAUUAGAAUUGAUCAUUUACACUUGCUAACAGGCGAGAGAAUUUUAAUUCGAAAUAAAAUUUGUUCUAAGCCUUUUACAUGGAAAGAUAGAAAAUGUGUAGUAUCGUCAAAUUUGGUUGAAAACGUUAUGUGUUUGCACGUGUACGACUUUAUAAACCAAGAAAUCGUUGACACGUUUCAGAUUAGUUGUGUUCGUGGAUGCGAUGUUAGGAUUACUUACUUAUCAAAUUUGGAUGAGUUUAAUUUCCUUAUUUGUUUAGAUUUUGGUCUAGUAUUUGUUUUGUCGCUUCAACCUUCUUCAGAAUCUUAUGCUACUCCUUUGGUCAACAAUGCAGAUAUUAAAUGUUGUGCAUUGUCUUCAGACAAUUUGUAUGUAGCGAGCUGUUAUGAAAAUCGUAUUUUGACAAUUAAGAGUGUCGAAAAUGGAGAAACACUGCAAACUGUUCUACUGACACAACCACCGAAUGCUUGCUGGUGGUCAGUGUUGCAUCUUUGGGUGGUUUGUAGAGGUGUAAUCGUAAAAUAUCCUUUUGACUUAACGCACUCUAAAGUCUUGGGAAAUGAACUUGAGGAACGUCCCAUAAGUCCUCCUAAUUCUAGCGUCCUCAAAUUCGCAGAAGGUGCUCUUGUCCUUUGCGGUGAAAUUUUGAAAAUUUGUAACGAAACUCUUUGUCCUCUGCAAAUACCUGAUUUGGAUUUGGAUCAUUCCAACUUUGUAGCAAUAAGUUCAGAUGGAUGUGCUGUUCUUUUAUUUCAGAAGGAAAGUUCAGAUUAUCUGUUAUGCGAGGUAACACAUGAGAACAGGUGGAAAUUAAGUUCGUUGGGAAAAUUGAGUAUAUUUUCAGAUAACCCAUGCAUGUACUUCGGUUUAACUGGUACUAAAAACUGUCGACGUUUCUCGUGGCUCGAUAAUUGCGUAUACCAUCUAUCUCUUCACAAUAUUUCUCUAUCAUCCACUGACUUGCCAAAUGGUACGAAGGAUGCUAUGCAUAAAGUAGAAACCUUACCUUCAGACGAAGUCGGGGUUACAUGUGUUUAUCGAGACUCCAACUUUGUUAUUAUUCGUCAGUUUAGUUUUUUAAUAUUUAUUCGCUUGUCAGAUGGAAAAUGUGCCUGUAGUUCCUUUGAUAUAAGAGACGUUGGUCAGGCCUUAUACCUCGCAUCACAAGGCUUACUUCUGUUGGUUCGUAGUGAUGGUAUUACGAAGUUAAAAAUUCAUAAUAUUGAGAAAUUCUUACUUAAUAAUUAA